GCGGGGAAACCCCGGGUCGGCCCAACGCCCCUUCCUGGGCGGGAACGGGCCGAGGCGUUAUAGAGCGGGUGGAGGCGGCAAGAGCGGUGACACAUGAAGCGGAUCGGGCUGGUGGGGCUGCUGGGCGCUGUGCUGCUAGGGUGCUGGAAGCCUGGUGACGCCAUAAACUGCUUUAGUAAGCAGUAUGAACAUGAGGGCAGGUGCUGCAACUGGUGCCAGCCAGGGGAAAAGCUGGUCUCUGAAUGCAAUGGUACACAGGAUUCCAUCUGUGCCCGCUGUGAGAGCGGACACUAUCAGCAGAGCUGGACCAAGGAGAAGCACUGUGCCCCCCACGACAUCUGUGAAGAGAAUGCUGGCUUCAUCAUAAAGACACAAGGAAAUGCAACACACAACACGGUGUGCCAGUGCCGGGAUGGUAUGCACUGCUCUGACACCAGCUGCCAGACCUGUGUGGAGAACCAGCCCUGCCAGCUUGGCUUUGGCUUUGUGGCAGCCAAGGCCGUGGCCCAGAUGUCAUCCCCCUGUGAGCCCUGUGCAGAAGGCACCUUCUCCAAUGUCUCCUCGAAAACUGAGCCAUGCCAUCCCUGGACAAGCUGUGAGGAAAAGGGGCUGGUGGUGAAGGCAAAAGGGACGAACACCUCAGAUGUGAUCUGUGAGUCGGUCGGUCGCUCUUCUCUCUCGGUGCUGAUCGCCAUCUCGGCUGCAGUUGUCACCUGCGUCGUGGGCAUCUGCAUCUACUGCCUGGUCCAUGCUGAUCCCAAGCGGCAGAUGGAGAAUGAGAUAGAGGCUGGGAAGCAGAGCGAGAUCCAGCAGCCCCAGGAGGUGGAAGAUUUCCCUGUGCAGCAGACCCUGCUGGGGGGACAGCCCGUGGCCCAGGAAGACGGCAAGGAGAGCCGCAUGGCGGAGCAGGAGCGGCUGUAGGGGCGCAGGGCCCUGGCUCCAGCCGGGGCUCAUACCGGACACAACAUCAGCCCUGCCCCGACUCCAGCCGAGGAGGAGAGCCGGCGAAUGGCCGAGCUGCAGCAGACCGCGGCACGAUCACGCCCCGAGGGCACCGCGGCAGCGCCCGCUCCCGGCCAGCCCGAGGGGCAACAGGAUGUCCCG